CGAAGCUCGAUAAGAAUCUCCUCCCUCCUCGUCGCCUUCCUCCUACAAAACAAAACUCCCUCCUUUUUUUUCCUCAUCAAACAAAUUCCAAACACCCCCCAAAAAAAGCAAAUAAUAAUAAUAAUGGAGCUUUUGAGCGGAUUCCCGCUCUUGAUCCAGCAAUACAAAGCCCUCUUGAAGAAGAACGCGAUCCUCACAUGGCGAAGCAAGAGAUCCGCCAUCGUCCAGCUCUUCUCCUCUCUCAUUUUCAUGCUGCUGCUGUUUGGCGUCGAUCGCGCGAUCAGGGCGCAGGCGGCGACCCACACGGAGUUCAAGAAUGUCCGGUCCGCGACCCGCCGACGAAGGAGGCGCCGCCGAUCCCUCCGUGCGAAGACAAGUUCUUCGCGAAGCCGCCGUGCUACGAUUUUGUUUGGAGCGGAACCAGCGCUAGGAUUCAGGGGAUCGUGAAAGGGAUCAUGAAGAACAAUCCAGGGAGGGAGAUCUCCGAUGAUAGGGUUAAAUCCUUUCGAACUCCAAAAGAAGUUGAUACUUGGCUUUUAGAUAACCCCCUGCGCUGUCCUGGUGCUUUACAUUUUGUGGAAAAAAGUUCAACUGUUAUAAGUUAUGGCGUCCAGACCAAUUCCACUAGUGUGGCCAAGCGAGGUCAAUUUGAGGACCCAACUUUCAAAUUUCAAAUUCCUCUACAAAUUGCAGCUGAGCGUGAAAUUGCGAGGUCAUUACUUGGAGGUGCUUUUCUCUAUCCACCUCCCUUUUUACGUCAUGAUGGAAACUAA